AUGUCGGAGCAAAGAGGAAAGAGGAGCGAGAAGAUGAAGGGAGAAAACACGGAAACAAACCUCCGACCAGCUGGAGAUACCGAGGAGCAGCCGCCAGAGGACGACAGAGAGCGGAGCAAUGGAGAGGAGGCGCAGGCUGACAGCUCCACCUCAGGUGAGUCCAAUCACUUUGUGGACUGUGAAGAUGUGCCGGAGGCCACGGAGGAAGCUGAAUCUCAGACUGAUCUGCCCCACGAUGCCGAGCAGCCCAGAGAGCCUCAGAGAAGAGAAACUGUUGGAAACUCUACGGCAACAGUGAAGGUGGUGCUGGUGCCGGAGGGUCAUGUGAUGACCGUUGCCUUCGCCAUCGGUCUCAGGAUUCAGGAGCUGAAGCUUCACCUCGCCGCGGAGCUCAGAGUCCCUGCUGAGGUGCUGCAGAUCUCUCUGGAUGGCAGACUGGUGGAGGAGCAGCAGAGCCUGAUGGAGCUCGGCGUCCGGCCUCACGGCUCCACCCGCAUGGAGAUGAGCUCCACCGACCCGACCAGCCACCCGCUCCGCCCACUACGACCCCCCGAGCAGGACAACAUGCCGGACGUCAUCACCGUCCGAGUCCAAACAGAUGAGGACAUGUUCCAGCAGGUGGUGGUGGAGAUCGAGCGUCCCCCCCAGCAGAAGGCCUUCCUGGGCGGCUACAGACAUCGACUGACGGGGGUGGAGUACCACAACGCCGCCGUCCAGACCCUGCCCAAGAGGAGACCUGAGAGACGAGUGGCGGUCUUCAGCCGGGACACACAGGGCGGUCGACCGUUUGAUGAAUGGACAACGAAGCACACCAUCAGAGCCAGAGAGCUGCGAGAUCUGUACGAGCACGUUCAACCUGUUUCACAUGUCGGCCGCGAGCAGAUGAUGAACGUCCUCACGACGCUCAGUUUACACACUGUCAAGAGCAUGAACUGUCCUCUGACCCGGGACAUCGUGGAUUUGGUUGACAGGGAGGUGGACUUGAAUGGAUCGUGGGAUUAAGGCGCCAGUCUGGUGGGUCUGAGUAAGAGGAUCUCCACUCUGUUCCUGCAGUUCAUCAAAACACCAGCGUUUAACCCUCAGGUGGCCAAGGUGCUGAAGGUUCCUCAGAAUCCGUCUGAGCUGAAGGCAACAUGUUCCUCUGCCGGGGGCUGUAAUCGCUACCUGCAGUCAGACAACUUCAGCUUGUCCGCCGUCGGCCCUCGAAGGCCUAUCGGCCGCUGCCGGGACUGCGCGGACUCGACAACAUAGCCAGAACUCUGGGACGACCUCUCGUGCUACAAAACCAUCCUGAUGAGGCUGCGGGCCGACGAGCAGCAGCUCAGCACCAAUUCUGUGCGUCCUCAGGCGAAGGACAUGCAGCACCUGGUGAAGGAGGUCUGGGCGUUCCUGCUCGGCCCUCAGCGCCAGCAGCGACCUCUAUACAACCUGGUGAUUGUCCGCUAGCGUCAAAGGGACUGGACCCCCUGGAACUGCAUCCUGCUGUCCAAAGAGGAGACCUCAGCUCACCUGGAGGUGGAGGGUGACUGUCACCACAAGGCAUACGAGGCAGCGCUCAUUCGUGACAUUGAACAGAAACACAGGCAGGCUCGGCGCCACUUCAGCCAGAUCGCCACUGUGACCGAGUACCUGGACUCUCAGCGGUCCGCUGUCCUGGGCAACCACCUCGUUUCCAAGCCCAUCACCAUGGCGACAGGCCAGCACACCACUGACACCCCAUAUGACUCAGCUCGUUAA